CAAAACACGUUUACAAUUAACGUCCAAUGCAAAUUUAUGCAACCUGGGAAAAACAUUUGGACAUUUUGUUAAACUCAAUUUGCUGUCAUUUACAUGCUAAAUGUGUUUGCGUUGGGUAAAUACGGUAUUUUCGACUUUUUCUGAGUCACUCCCGACGCUACCGGAGCGCAUAGCAAGCAACAAAGAUUUUUUUCGUUUUUUGUUUUUGUUUUUAUUUUUGUUGUGUGUCACUAACUGCAUUUUAUACAGUCACGACUGACAAACAUGAACGUAUUUAUUUAAGAUACCGUGGAACAUUUUCCGGAGCUAUUUGUUGGCCCACGAUUGAUAAAAAUGGCUAUAAUAAUAUGUUAGCAUUAGCUAUGGGGUUUAUGAUAAGAUAGUGUCAUUGUAAAAACCGCUUAUUUUUUUGCGUAUCAAUCUUCUUUCUAUUAACUGUAAACAACACCUUUUUAAUACUCAGCCAAGAUAUAAAUUAUAUAAUUUAAUAGUAUUGUAUGGUACGUAUCUAUCACAUUAUAUUUAAUUCAGCCCUGGUGGAAUUAUAAUAUUCUAAAUAAAAAAAAAUAAAAAUAAAUAAAAUACCAUCAACCCCCGACUAUAAAUAUAUUCACCUAUUCCCCUUUUUUCCCCCCCUUUGAAACGUAUCUUCAACUAUUUGCUGAAAAAGAAAUCACCUCGUAUUUGUGUUUUUUGUGAGUCUUCUGUAACACUGAGAUGGCGUCAAAGCCCUGGCUAAUAGCGGAGUAGUAAUUGAUGUCAAAGACGUGCUACAGCUUAACUAAGAAACUAACAUAUUUGGAUGUUUGGGAUGGAGCUAAGUUUAGCCCGGGUGGUAAGUGGUAAUUACGGAGGGUCUUCGUUGCAUGUUCAUGUGUACUUCUGGUAAAAAAAAAUUCAAAAUCAAAUAAGGCAUUUAUUUGUAAUGGUAAUGUUGUGAGAUGAGUUUUGCAUGCUAUUAAAAUGUUCUUGUAUUGUACUUUACAUUCCUAUUAAUAUUGUCAAUUCUAAACCUUUUUAGGGAGGGAUGUUUUUUGCGGCGGCACGGUGAACGACUGGUUAGCGCAUCUGUCCCACAGUUCUGAGGACCAGGGUUCAAAUCCCAGCCCCGCCUGUGUGGAGUGUGCAUGUUCUCCCCGUGCCUGUGUGGGCUUUCUCCGGGUACUCCGGUUUCCUCCCACAUCCCCAAAACAUGUGUGUGUGGACAACAGUGAGUACAUGCGCAAUGGAGAUUUUCUGCCCACCAGGCUGCAGGCUCAGCAGGAUGCAGUUAAUAUCGUUUGUCACUCCAAGACUCGCAGCAACCCCGAAAACAACGUGGGCCUCAUCACCAUGGCAAACAACUGUGAAGUGCUGACCACACUGACUCCAGACACAGGGAGGAUAUUAUCAAAGCUGCAUGCUGUGCAGCCUCGUGGAAACAUCAGCUUCUGUACUGGCAUCAGGGUAGCGCAUUUGGCAUUGAAGCACAGACAGGGCAAAAACCACAAGAUGCGUAUCAUUGCAUUCGUUGGUAGCCCAGUGGAGGACAACGAGAAAGAGCUGGUCAAAAUGGCAAAACGUCUGAAGAAAGAAAAAGUUAAUGUGGAUAUCAUCAACUUUGGAGAAGAGGAGAUGAACACAGAGAAGCUGACGGCCUUCAUCAACACAUUGAACGGGAAAGAGGGCAGCGGCUCCCAUCUGGUCACAGUGCCUCCCGGCCCCAGUCUGGCUGACGCUCUGCUCUCCUCGCCCAUCCUCGCCGGAGAAGGAGGUGCCGUGUUGGGUCUGGGUGCCAGUGACUUUGAGUUUGGAGUGGAUCCCAGUGCAGACCCAGAGCUGGCACUGGCUCUGAGGGUUUCGAUGGAGGAGCAAAGACAGCGACAAGAGGAUGAAGCCCGCAGAGCAGCUGUUGCGUCCGCUGCUGAAGCUGGCAUUCCCUCCCCCGUUGACGAGUCCGAUGAUGCCCUGUUGAAGAUGUCUGUUCCAAGUACAGACUCGGCCACGCCCGCGUUACCAGAUUUCAGCCGGAUGACAGAAGAUGAACAAAUCGCCUAUGCUCUGCAGAUGUCCAUGCAAGGAUCAGGAGCAGAGUUUGGUGCUGAAGACAUGGACACCGGUGCUGACAUGGACUCUGGUGAGACCAAGGAUGAAGAAGACUAUGACGUGAUGCAGGAUCCAGAGUUCCUUCAGAGCGUCCUUGAGAACCUUCCCGGCGUCGACCCCAACAACGAGGCCAUUCGGAACGCAAUGGGCUCCCUUGCAUCACAGAGUGGCCCUAAACCGGACUCCAAGAAGGACGAGGAGAAAAAGAAAUGAUCAACUCUUAGCUGUAGAUCAAAGGGAGGAGUUUAGGAUGGAGUCAAUUAACAAUAACACCCUGAUCAUGUUGGGCUUUUGUUUGAUCUUUUUUAUGCCGCUGUCUCUACUUCUCACCUUAAUGUUCAUUAAUCUUUCCCUCUUUUUUUCUCAAUGCCAAAAGUUUGUUUACAUUUGAAUAUUUUGAGAAUAUAUCUACUUGAUUACAGUCCUGAUUAAAUUUACACAAUCCUAAAUGGCACAUUG